AUGUUUCUGUACUCACAAGCUAUAAGAUUUAUCAUUUUCUUGUUACCUAUAUGUUUGACUUUCAAAAUUACGGAGAAUAGGAUUGAUCGUGGUAAAUUAAAUUUUGAGAUACAAGAUAUUACUAUAAAAUCUGGUGCCUUUUGGUCCAUCGUUGACAAUUCUAUCUGCACUUUUUUUGGUAGCUUGAUGGUUGAGCCCCAAGCUAGUCUUUAUGUUUCCCUGACUUCCCCUAUUUUGGCACUUCAAGUGGCCUUUGUUUCCAUUCUUGGUGUAUUUCACAACCAGGGGAAUAUCACAUUCGACUCCAGUGCUUCAUUAACAUCAGCUACUUACAGGAUUAUUACCCUGACAUUUCGAAAUACUGGCAGAAUGUUUUUUUCAGCAUCUGGGAAGUUUCCAAAUACGAUGGAUAUUGUUGCAUCAGAUUGGACAAAUAAUGGGCUUUUGAGUUUUCAUCAGGAUCAAAGAACUAGUGGUGUGGUCUCACUUGGUUCAGCUUUGGGGACCAUAACUAACAAUGGUCAAAUUAAGUUGAGCAAUCAAGUGUACCAACAAAGAACUCAAAUUAGCGGUUCCGGUUGCUUUGUUGCCAUAAAUAACUCUACUAUUUAUAUAUCCAAUUCGUUAUUGCCGGUUCAGAUAACACAAAGUUUUUAUUUGGCUGAUAGCACGUCUUCCAUUAUAGUGGAUUCUUUUUCGGCCACUCAAACAUUCAAUGUUUAUGGAUUUGGUAACGGGAACAUGAUUGGAUUGACACUCCCGCUUGUUGGUAAUUACUGGUAUUCCUCAUAUACCUAUGAUGCUACAACUGGUAUACUUAUAAUGAGAAACGUAUUUUUGGAACAGAAGUUUAACAUAGGACUAGGCUAUAACCCUAGUUUGUUUAAAAUUGUGACAGAUUGGGGUGCUGGAAUCCCAUCUACCAUUUUAGGAUCUUUGUCUUAUUCUGGUUGUGUCCCUUCGAGACGGUUACCUUCGAUUUGUCAGAUUGAUCCAAUUAGCUCUUUAGAAAUACCAGGGACCAAACCUACACAAUUCACAAGUGUUUUUGUUUCAACCGACGAUUCUGGCCGAAAUGGACAAUAUGUUGGAUUGUUUGAAGUUGCUACUAAUAAAAACUAUGAAUGGGUGAGUGCUGUGAUAAUAAUAACCUCGAUACCUACCGUUACGAUAGAACUUCCUCCGACACUCACUUUGGAGGCCCAGUGGCUCCCCACUGUGUCAGGUGUAUUGCACACUAGUAGUACCAUUACACAGUCGACUAAAAUUGGUCUUUUGACUACAGUAUCAUUGGUCCCAGUUGCGGAAACUCAGUUAGCUUCUAGAACAUUUUCAAUUGUGGGUCCUCCAAUUCCAGAUACUACGUCACUUGAGUUAGUUGUUCCCACGAAAAGUGAAACUCGAGUUGUUACCGAAAGUACUGUUGUUCCUGUGCUACCCCCUAAAGUUACUCAUUUUACAAAUUCAUCGACGAGUAAUAGGCGUUAUUCAAGUGAAUCCAUGGUUGAUGAAGAAUUUCCCAGUGAGCCCUUCAUGUCUGAUGAAGUAUCUAUUGAAGUGUAUGAGUCAUAUACUGAUGAAUCUUGUGUUAUUUCUACAGAUUUUUCAGUUGAUGUUGACUAUUCCAGUGAUCUUAGUAUGAACUUUCAGACAUAUGACACGCUUGACACCACUGAAAUGUUUAACACUGUUGAAAACUUUGAGACGUACGACACCUUUGGCACCAUUGAGUCAUUUGAUAUUUUCGAGACGUCUCAGACAUUUGAGAGUUAUGAGACUUUCAAUGAAACUAGUGAUUUGAGUAUGUUUUCAUUAACUAGUGAGCUGUUUUCCGAUCUACCACCUCCUUUGGUUCAAACUGAUACGCCUGUCUCAUUCAAUCCUGUGCCUAGUAGGACUAACAUGAGUGAGAAAACAAUUAUGUGGGAAGUUACUAAUUCACAGGGCUCUAUUAUAACUGAAUCUGGGAUUAUUCUUAUAUCUGGUGAAUAUCAGACUACAGUAACUACAUUUCUCCGAGACCUUGACCAAAUGGAAGGCUAUACUAAAUACACUAAAACUUGGGAGGUUACCAAUAGUAAUGGUUCUGUUGUAACUGAAUCUGGGAUUAUUGAUGAAUCGGGAUCAUAUCACACUACCGUGACAACUUUCCCACAGAAAGAUCAAAAUUGGGAAUGGGCUGCUAAUACAGUAGAAUAUACUAAAACUUGGAUAGUUACCAAUGAAGAUGGCUCUAUUAUAACUGAAUCUGGUAUUGUUGGUGAGUCUGGUUUGUAUCAAACUACUGUAACAACCUUCCCACACGAGUUAAGUUCAUUUACUAUUUACCAAUCCGAAGAAGCGCAUUCGCCAGGGGUUAUCAAUGCAGGUGAUAUAGAGCUGACACCACUUGCAACUUCCCUGUCCAUCUAUCAGUCUGUUAUCAUUGAAGACGAGUUCCCAUCUUCACCAGGAAAUACUUAUACGGAUGUUUUCAGUCCUACAACUGGUCAUGAUUUAGAUCUUCCGGAUGAUACGACAUUCACACCAAGUCAGUCAUCGUCCACUACCGUUCCAAUUGAAUCUGAGUAUAUUUCAGAGUCUAUAAUUCUUGAUGCUGGGUCUCUGGUGUCUACUAUGAUAUCACCAACUACUUUGACUACUAAUUUUCCGAUUUUUGAUUCAAGUGAUAAUCAAUUUAAACAUGUUUCUUUAUGGGAUAGCAGAGUUUCUAGUAGAUCAAUUGUAAUUGUUUCCAGUGAAUUUCCUGAACUGGAUGCACCCUUGAUACUCGCUUCACCGAAUGAUGGUCUGUCAAAUCAAACCUCUACUACUGCAAGUAUUACUGUCAACGAUAAUCAAAAUAUCAACAAUCCUGAAUUCCAACAAGGCGAAGCUGUCAUUAGUAGUAGUAUUGACUCUAGUGUAUCACAUUUGUAUUAUAUUUCUGAGGAAACUUCAAUUGCCAGCAAUAAUGGUGAUCUUAGUGAUGAUUUGGAAGUUGACUUUAUUCUUUUGACACUGUUGCACGAUACCAUUAGUGCUAAGGCUACACUGGCUGGUUAUUCUUGGAAAUUCUAUCCAGAGAGUGAUGAGAUUCAAAUUGAUCAAACUGGUGAUUACAAUUAUUCCCUUGCAGGUGCUAAAACUCACAUUCACGAAAGUGCUUAUACCCAACAAGAUGCUUCCACUCAAAAAGGUGCCUCUGUUCAGCAAGAGACUUCCAUACAGCAGAGGGUUUCCACUAAACAAGAAACAUACACUCAAGAGGGGACUCAACAAGUAACUCGUACGCAAGAGAAAGUUCAACAAGGUGCAAGCCAUAGCACAACAAACUCUCAUUUUGAAGGGACUUUUAUAUCAAAAACUGCCAGUCCUACAAACAAUGAUUUCACUCUCAGCUUUGAGCCAAAAGACAAUGCUACUGAUAUUUCAAAUUCCUUUUUUGCCCACUUGCUGAUUGUUGGUAAUUCGACUGUUUUUGAAACUGAUUAUACUGAUUUUUCAUUUAUUGCAAAUUCCAACACUUUUAAGUCGGAUGCAAAUGGUGUUGAUUCUACCAGUAAUCAAACUUAUAGUGCCGGUGUUGGAGGGUCUAAUGUUUCAGGUUUAAUUAGUAAGAGUGAAUCUGUGGUACUAUUAAUUAGACCUGUAAUGAUAUUUGUGUUUUUGGCUAUUUGUGUGGUUAUAAUGUUAUGA